AUGAUGCCUGGUCCGAUUCCUUCUUUUCCCAAUCCCUCUCCACCCUCUCCCACUUCCUUUCCCUCUUCCCCCCUCUCCCUCCUCCGUUCCCCCACUGGCAACAGCACAGGGUUCCUGAUAGGCUUCACACGCCAGCUCAAGAUGAUGUUUGAUCCGAUUCGAAUCGGUGCUGCCAUCGUCUUUGUCAUCUCACUCGUCCUCACACUCGUUGCUGCUCUUUAUGUUCAAGACGCUCUCCUCACGCUCCUCUGCAUCGUCGUGCAAGCAUGUUCCCUCAUAUGGUACUCGUUAAGCUACAUCCCCUUGGCGCAAUCGUCGGCUAAAAGGUGCAUGCGCAUGUGCUACGAGGCGGAGUUUUGA